CCAAAAACAGCAAGAACAAUCACUGCAAACACAAACUUCAUCUAUUUUAACAUCCUUAACACUGUCUGUCCAAAACUGACAAACAAACCAUUCAUCACACACUCCCUCACUCCACAAAUGUUGGAGCAAAAAUUCCUCACCACCACCUCGGCCACCGUCCGGUCCGCGGUCACAUGGCCGCGGACAUGCGACACGUGCCGCUCCGCUCCAUGCGCGGUAUUCUGCCGCGCAGAUUCAGCGUACUUAUGCGCUGGAUGCGACGCUCGCAUCCACGCAGCAAACCGUGUAGCCUCGAGGCACGAACGCGUCUGGGUCUGCGAGGCCUGCGAGCGUGCCCCGGCGGCUUUUCUCUGUAAAGCCGACGCUGCUUCCCUCUGCUCCUCAUGCGACGCUGAUAUCCAUUCCGCUAACCCGCUUGCCAGCCGCCACCAACGUGUCCCGAUUCUUCCGAUUUCUGGAUACCUGUACGGUCCUCCGACGACCCUUUUAGGUGCUGACGACGAAGGCUUUGUCCGCGGCGGCGGUGACGCGGAGGAAGAGGAGGAUGAAGGUGCUGAUAUGGAAGAUGAAAAUGAAGCAGCUUCAUGGCUUUUGUUGAAUCCUUUGAAAAACAACCAUCACAAUAUCAACAACCACAACAACAAUAACAAUAGCAAUGAUCAUAAUCAAGAAGGUAAUAAUAAUGGAUUUUUGUUUAGCGGCGAAGUUGAUGAGUAUUUGGAUCUUGUGGAUUGUAAUUCUUGUGGUGGUGGUGAAAACACUUUCACUACCAAUAAUACUCAUGAUCACGACUAUAGUCGUGAUCAACAACAACAGCGACAAGAUCAUUAUGGUGUUCCUCAAAAGAACUAUGUUGGAGAUAGUGUUGUUCCUGUUCAACAGCAACAUCUACAGAAUUUUCAACUUGGGUUGGAGUUUGAAUCUUCCAAAGCUGGAUUCAGUUACAAUGGUGGAUCAAUUAGUCAAAGUGUUUCAGUUUCAUCAAUGGAUGUUGGUGUUGUACCAGAAUCAACAAUGAGAGAUGCCACAACAAUGUCAUAUUCAAGACCUUCAAAAGGAACAAUUGACCUAUUUUCAGCUCCUCCUAUUCAAAUGACUUCUCAUUUCUCUCCAAUGGACAGAGAAGCCAGAGUCCUAAGGUACCUUGAAAAAAAGAAAACAAGAAAAUUCGAGAAAACGAUCCGGUACGCCUCGAGGAAAGCCUACGCGGAAACUCGGCCGCGUAUCAAAGGUCGGUUCGCGAAACGGACCGACGUUGAAGCUGAAGUCGAUCAAAUGUUUUCCACAACACUAAUUACGGAAGUUGGAUACGGAAUCGUUCCCUCGUUCGUAUAACGUUAAACAAAACGAUCAAAUGACUUAGUGUUUAUUUGAAUUUAUCUGAGUUCGUUCGCCAGAAUCACACUCUCAUCAUCGUGGUUUUGUUAAAUAUUACCAACAAAAAUUUCUAGCAUUUAUGUUUUAUUAUUAUUAAGUUUUUCUAUUAAUACUGUAUUUUUUUUCAUAUAAUCUAAUUAUUUGUUGUUGCAAUAAUUAGAUAUAUGUUUUAAUAGCUUGUUUAUUGUAUUUUUUAUGAGACUCCUAUUUGUAAAUAAAAUCCUUAUAUUAUCUUAA